AUGACAUCAUCCACAUGGGCUCUCUUGUCUAGACUGGAGGUCUAUCGAGAAGCUGAAGAACAACCAGCACCGCUGCCGCCACAACCGUAUCCUCCGCUAUCAACUAACAAAGUUCUCAGUCGACGUAUGUCGUUAUACCAGAAAAGAGUGAAGGAGUUGGAGCUUGAGAAUAAUGAACUUCGGAUGAGAUUUGAAGCGGUGCAGACAUCACCAGCUGCAAUGAAUACACGAACGAGCGCCAGUGUUUUGUUGGGAUGCCAACAAAUAUUGCGCGAAUGUUGUCGUAUACUACAGACUGAAGGAACAGAAUCACAUGAGGCCUUAAAUGUGCGUAGUACGAUAGUGCGUGCUUUGGAGGAUCUCUUUUCUAUACGUUCCUUUUGCAAUACCUUUAGUAUUAUGUAUGCUGAGUACCACCAGUUAAAGAAGGAUGGGAUUCAGCUUGUUUUGGAGAACUACGUUGGAGAUAUUUCCCCAGAGAAGGUGCAAAUGCUGGCGAAAGAAAUCUUACUGCGAUUUGAGUUUCUCAUAGAAAGAGUGAUGCGAUCAAUAGAGGAGUACACUUCUCUUCAACGACAUCUCUGCAAUUCUCUCGGUGAAGUUGUGUCCUGCGUGAUAUUGCACGUGGGCCGUUAUCAUGAGAAGCCGCAUGCAAUUGUACUCUUAACAACGUUGCAGGGCAUUGUGGACCAGACAUUAAAUUUGACUAUUUCUACGGAAGAAGAUGUUGCCGGUUUCAAGCGGGACGCCGGUGUGGAUGAAACACUUCUGAGAAAACUCCACGCAAUGAGUGUGGAAAUUGUUCCUCAACGUGCAUCACUUUCCUUAACUGAACUGCAGACUAUGGCUAUCGAACGGACAAAGUUAGACUUAAAUCAGAGAAUCAUCAGCUAUAACACUCUGGAACAGUCCUUACAGAGGGCUAUGGCGAUACUGACUGAUCGAAAGACUGACUGA